UUUUUUGAGAUAUAGAUCAACCAUUUUUUUGAGUGGUAAAUCAAUUACAAAUCCCAACCGCAUGCUAUCAUGAUUGCACGAUAUAUCUACUCCGUAUAUAGCGCUCAAAAUUGUGUAAAAAAAUGCCCUCAAAAUCCCUCAAGAAAGUCUAUCUUCUCCACGUCUCUUACUCUCCCUGUAAAAAAACAAUUGUGCACCAUAGUCUCUCCUCCUCCCCAUGGUCUCCUCCUCACGUUCUCUCCUCCCCAUGGUCUCCUACUCCCCACUGUCCCCUCCAUAUGGUUUCCUCCUCCCUAGAGAAAGGAAAUCAAUCAUAUCUCUCAAAUUGGAGCAAGGAAAUUAGAAAAUUGAUCUGGUGCGCUCACGCCAUGGAAUCUCUCAUCCUCCUCCCAUGGAAAAAACAAACAAAUCUCUCUCAAAUUGGAGCAACCAAGUUGGGGAAUAGAUCAGGUUUCAUGUUUUCUACUGCGUCCUUUGACAGUCCUAGGAUUCAAUCCUAGGUUUGCUGACGUACGCUCUUUGGGCACUUCAUGGAGAUCGCGAUGGGGCAGAACCAAGCCCAUGCCGCCAUCUUAUAAAUUAACUGCAGCCUAACACAAACAAUCUACACAUCAAGGAGGCUCCUGUCAGUCGUAAACAUCGUCGCUCGUGUACCUUCUCCUGUUUGGUACGUAAGCUUCAUCGUUGACCUGUUUUUCAGAUAUUGUUUGUUUCGUUGGUUAAUUCAAAAUUUUAGGCUAUUUACAUCAUAUUUCUUAUAUGAACUUCAUGAUGGGUAAGAGAAAAUCUUUCUUCGCAAGUGAAGCCUUGGAUUUGCCAGAGACUAAGAAAUUAGUAAGCAACAAAAUUAUGCUUGCUUACAAUUCAAAUUACUUGUUGUUGCUUUCUGGCCCAGUUCUGAGACAGAUUAUUUGUUUCAUUGGUUCAAUCAAAUUGUUAGGCUCUGGAUUUCAUACUGCAUGCAAAUUGCAUGGCCACCAAUAUAUAAUCUUCUGGAAAUUGUGUUUUUAUAGGUCAACUUCUUUUGUUUACCUUCAAACCAAUGGCAUACGACAUGCUCCAUGAGAUUAGCAAUCAGAAGGAUUCCUGGAAAGUAAGGUCAGAAUAAUUAGGCUAUUGGGAUGCCAUUAAUCUCAACAACAAUGAACUUAUUAGCCUUGACAUGAUACUACUUGAUGAAGAGGUUAGCUUAAUGAUGAAAUUUUAUGAAUUGCCAACAUAAAUACACUAUUGUGAGCUGUAGUACUUACUAUAAUAUUGAUGCAUCUUCUUGUUGCACUGUAAUGUUCCAGGGUACUAUGAUACAUGGCAAGGUAAUGAAGCAUAUGGUUAACAAGUUCAGACCAUUGAUCCAAGAAGGUUUAGUCUGCAUGAUAGCAAAUUUUAAGGUUAUGUCUGCAAUGAAUUUCCGUCCAGUUGAAAGUGAAAAGGUUCUAAAUUUCUUGCACACGACAAAAAUUCAAGAGAUAAAAGGUCAAAAAAAUAUCAAAAUAGCAGAACAAAGCUUCAUGUUUUAUACUGUUAAAGUUCUUUCCACAAAAGAGCCAAAAUAUUUACUUAUCUGGUAUGAUUAAAUUUGUUUCAAUUAUUAACUUCCAUGUAUUAUGCAUAUUAAUACCACUUUAUUAGCAGAUGUCAUUAGCAUAGCAAGUUACAUAGGACAUAUUGAAGAAACACAGACAACCCAUGGGAUUUCAAAGAUUCGAGAUAUUGUGCUUCAGAUUGAGGAUCAAAAAAUUAGUAUUAGACUAUGGGGUAAUAAGGUUGGUCAAAUUGAUGAAGAUUCUUUGGGGCGUGUGGUCAUAGUAACAUCAACUACUGUUAGAAAACUGAAAGAGUACUCGCUGUCAUCUACAGGUGCGACCAGAGUUUAUAUCGAUUUGGAUAUCCCUGAAACAAAUGAGCUUCAAACGAGAUAUGGUGGAACUGGAAAGACAUUUCUGUGGAAAGCAAUCACGACAAAAUUAAGAUCUGAAGGAAAAAUAGUUAUAGCAGUUGCUUCAAGUGAUAUAGCAGCACUUCUUUUACAGGGUGGAAGACCAGCUCAUUCAAGAUUUCACAUUCCGCUCAAGAUCACUAACGAGUCCACAUGCAACAUCAAGCAAGGAACAUUUCUUGCGGAGCUAAUAAAGAAAACGUCACUAAUAAUAUGGGAUGAACCACCUAUGACACACAAGCACUGUUUUGAGGCACUAGAUAAGAGUUUGGGAGACAUACUUCGAUUCACAUAUGAGGACGCAGAGCAUAGACCAUUUGGAGGAAUGACAGUAGUAUUGGGAGGUGACUUCAGGCAAAUCCUACCAGUUAUACCGAAGGGGAAAAUAGAACAUAUCAUUUCUGCAUCAAUAAAGAGUUCCUACCUAUGGAAGAACUUUGAGGAGUAUCGACUCAAAGAAAAUAUGCGUCUGAAUUCAUCCGAAGGUAGUCCAGAAGAGAAAGCAAAAACAGCUGAAUUCGCAAACUGGAAACUAAACAUAGGCGAUGGCACAACGUCAACAAUAGAUGAAGUGGAUUGGGUUAGCAUCCUAGAGGACCUUAUUUUACAUAAAGGGGAUGACCCGGAAGCAUCUAUUGUUAACACCACCUAUCCUGACUUACACAGAAAAUACACUGAUAGAACAUACCUAGAGGAAAGAGCGAUCUUGUGCCCAAGAAACGAGACUGCUGACCAGAUUACUGCCUACAUCAUGAGUCAAAUCCGUGGAGAAGAGGUAACCUAUUUCAGUUCAGAUACAACAUGCAAGGCAAUGUCUACGGUGGAAGAUGAAGAUAUGUUGUACCCAACUGAGUUUCUGAAUAGUACAUUUUCUGGAAUACCAGACCAUGAACUGAGGCUGAAAGUAGGAUUACCAAUAAUGCUUAUGAGGAACAUCAAUCAAAGUGCAGGACUUUGCAAUGGACAAGACUAACAAUAACACAGCUAGGAAAGCAUUUCAUUGAAGGCCAGGUCAUAACAGGUCCUAAUGUUGGUGACAAGGUUUACAUCCCCACAAAUUAUCAUGUCACCAAGUGAUUCAAAAUGGACUUUCAUUCUGAAAAGGAGACAGUACGCAAUAUUAGUGUGCUUUUCUAUGACUAUAAACAAAAGCCUGGGGCAAUCUCUCAAAAAAGUUGGACUCUACUUAGAAAGGCAAGUGUUCACACAUGGACAACUCUAUGUUGCAAUUUCAAGGGUGACCAGCAGAAAUGGAUUGAAGAUACUCAUAUCAGAUGAAGAGCGUCCAUCCGACAAGGUUGCAGAAAACAUUGUUUACAAGGAUAUAUUACAGAUAUUGUUACAAGCAUUCUGAUAUGACUAAAUAUAAUGUGAUGCAAACAUAGGAGCCUUAUUUGGUUUCAAAUUGAUAUAUCUGAAAUAUUUUAUCAGAGCAAAAUUUAUUUACUUUUGGGUAUAUUAUUAUA